UUUAAUUAGGAUCGAUGCAAACUCAAAACAAAAUCAUAACUUGUAAACAUUUACGCUUCUUUAUCAUGUUACUUAAAAAUCGAACUAAUUAACUUUAGAACAUCACAAGUAUUAUGUUCGGAAGAAUUCAUGUGGCAGAUUUUCGAAUUGGUGUUCUUGAAUUCUCCACAAAACAUAAAUUGUUAGCUAUCGUAAUCAGAAAACAACGCAAAUGAAAGUGAAACGCGGUUAUUACGAUGUUUUCGUAGACACAUGUGCUAAGUAUCCAUCCCACAUCGCCGUGAGACACUAUGUGGAUGGAGUGUACAAGACCUACACGUACUCCGAACUUUACGGCGUUUGUGAGUACUUAUCGCAAAAACUACAACUCAUGCAAUGUAACAGAGGCGUAAUUGGACUUAUUUCAGAAAGAAACAUCAUCAUACCAUGUAUCAUAGCCGCAGCCCACAAAAAUUGCACAACAUUCAUGUUUGUGGACCCAACCCAAAAUAUAGAUGUAAUAGCUAAAGAAAUUGAAUUUACUAUUAUAAUGACCAUCAGGACAAAUGAUCAAGAUCCUAAUGCAGAGGUGUUUGGUAAAAAGCCGGAACAAAUUGUUGCAGUGUUUGAUUUAAUAAUAUGUUUUUAUAACUUUGAUGGUGGCAACGAGCCACACAUGGCACAUGUGCCUCAACACUCAUUCAUUGCUUUAACUUCUGGUAGUACAGGAGAACCAAAACAUAUUCAGGUUCCUAUUCAAUGCAUCCAACCCAAUAUAGAUGACUUAACUAAAAUGUUUACCAUCACCCCACAAGAUGUCAUAUUCUUCUCAACACCCCUUACAUUUGACCCUUCCAUGGUAGAAAUAUUACUAGCAUGUAUCAAUGGAGCCUCUCUACUUAUUGCGCCGGACAGGACAGAUGUGUUAUUCCCAGAAAACAAAGCGAACUCUAUCACAAUUUGGCAAACAACACCAUCAAAGUUCUUGCAAUACUCCAAUACAGACAUCAGAGACAAAAUUUUAAGUCAAAACUCAACUCUUAAAAUAUUAGCACUUGGUGGAGAACCUUUCAAUGGUGUUAAAAGAAUAAAGGAGUUGAAGCACUUGCAUAACCAGACCAAGCUAUUUACUCUGUAUGGCGUCACCGAGAUGUCAUGUUGGGCCUGUGUCGCUCAACUAGAUUUGAGCACAAUUACAACAGACAGGGAAGUACCCCUAGGAAACUGUCUCUCUGAAACAGAAAUCAUAAUUGAAGAUAACAAAGAAAAUGCCAACACAGGAAAAAUUAUAUUAGUUAGCAAAAGUAGAAAAUGUGUCAUUUUAAACAAAUCAAAAGGCCAUGAGGAGCAAAAUUCAUUAAAAUUUCUGGACACUGGUGACAUUGGGGAAGUCAAAAGUGGCACUAUUUACUACAGAGGUAGAAGGGAUGACAUCAUCAAGAGGUUUGGACAUAAGGUCAACUUAAUGAAUAUUGAGGCUGCCAUAAUGCAAUGUCCAAGAGUAAAAACAUGUUCAUGUCUUUGGUUACCAAAACCAAUGCUAGUAGCUGUGUACUUCUCAUCCGAAACACUGAGUAGCCAAGAAUUGUCAGACUUUUUAAAAUGCAAACUUGAUGAUAAGCAUUGGCCUGACAAAAUUAUAAGAGUAGAUAAUCUACCCACUAAUUCUCAUGGGAAAGUAUCAAAGAAUACCUUGUGCAAUAUGUUUGAAAAAUUGAUGAAAGCGCCACAAACUGAGGAUUCAAUAAAAGUGACCUUCAUGAAAGAACUGAAGAAUUCAAUAGGUAAAAACUUAAUAUAUGACCAGAUUAAAAAUCAAGACUUCUUUGCAUUGGGAGGUACAUCUUUUCUGGCUGUAUCUCUUUGCAACAAUCUGUCCCAAACUUGUCCACAAUUUGGGAAGUUGAUUCUACCAUAUUUAAUGACACAGAAGCACACUAUAGAUGAAAUUAUGCAGAUAGCCUAUAAACAGUUGUGUAUGGAUGCGACCAAAGCUAAAAAGCGUCUUAAACGGGCGAGACCUGAAAGUAAAACUGCUGAGUUGGAUGAGGUUGUAAAGAAAUCAAGUCUUGAGUCUAUUAGCUCUAUAGAGUUUACUAUGAUAUGGAAACAUGACACUGGCAAAUGUGUGGAUGCUUCACCAGUAUUGUUUCAAUCUGGAUACAACCUGUAUGUAACAGUGGGCAGUCACUCAGGACAGAUCGCAGUACUAGACGCAAUAACCAGUGAAGUCCAAGCCAAGUUCCUAAUAAAUUCGAGGAUCGAAGCUGCUGUCCUGUGUUACUAUGACCCAGACAUCACUCCACCGUGUGGUGUGGUCGGCGGGUACGACGGUACCGUCAUCUGCUUCUGUCUCGACACCUUCAAGGAGAACUGGAGAGUCAAUAUAGGCUCCAUGGUCAAAAGCAAGGCAGUCUGUGUGAAGGGACAACUGUAUGUCGCCUCCUAUGACGGCAAUGUUAGAUGUCUUGACAUCCUGACGGGUAUGACAAAUGAGACGAUAAACAUUUGCGACCAAGCCAUAUCUGCAGACCUAGUGCUUGCGAAGAAAGAGUACGUGAUACUUGGCUCACUGUCAGGUGUGUGCGCCAGUAUCCACACCAGCACCAACACGGUGGUCUGGCGCGGCUUGCUGGGGAGCCCGGUGUUCGCUAGCCCUGUUCUAUAUGACAAAGACAAAUACGUAGUAUUCGCUGAAGUAUCUGGCGACAUACAUUGCAGAACUGUGGAGAAGGGUAUCAAGAUUUGGAAAUACCAGGGUGCAAAAGGAAAUGUAUUUUCUUCAUUGUACAUAAAGCAAAUCGAUAAAUUGAAAUGGCAAAUGGUAUUCGGCUGUCAUGAUAAGGGUGUGUACAGCCUUGCUGUUAAAAACUUUCAACCAACUCUUCACUGGAAGACUCAACUUACAUCCCCAGUGUACUCAACUCCUUGUGGUCUGAGUGAUAAACUAAUACUGGCUGCAUCAAAUAAUGGUAAACUGUGUAUUCUCGAAGCAGAAACUGGAGUUUUGGUAGAAGAAUACAGUUUGCCAAAUGAAACAUUUUCGACACCAGUUAUGUAUGGUGACUUUAUUUACGUUGGGUGUAGGGAUGACCACUUGUAUUCAAUUAGAUACCUCUUCAAAUCAUGAUAGUCAAUUCAUCUAGUCUAUUAAUUAAUUGGUUUAUUUAAAUUAUUAACAAGUUAAGAAUAAAUUGCCAAUAAACAUAAGGACUAAUAAUAAUUUGUUAUGUUCAAUGUACCUGUUGUUAAUAUUUGUUUACAAAAUAAAACACUCCUCUAUAAUUAUAACUUUUAUUUAUGAUCUUACACAACAUAUAGGUAUACUGAGCAUUCAUAAAUUUUGACUUGUUACAAGUAUGAUAUGGUUACAGAAUCAAACAAUUAUCCAAUUGGAAUGCAUAACUUUCUGGUACAAAUAACCUAGCACUUGUGCAGAUCAUACAGCUUUGUAUACUUAAAAAGCAGCUAUAAAUAAAGUAUAAAUUCCUUUAAAUAAUAUUUCAUUUUUGGCAAUAAAAUGCAUAAAAUCAAUGUUUUGGAACGACUGGGAGCAUUGUACAUACAUAAUACUUGACCUACAAUAAGCUCUUAUAUUGUUAACCCAAAAUCCCUGGAGUAUUGUUAUUGUUGCCAGAACAGUUCUUAAACAAAUAUAAAA